AAAGCAGGUCACUGACCUCUCCUAGUCAUAUCAGUAUUUCUUCUUUAGAAAAUGCUCCUAUUAAUUAGAGUGAAUGGUACUGUUUUUUAUUCAGCACUUUGCAGAAAUUUCAGAAGCCAUGUGUUAUUUCAUUGAAAUUUUAAAUUUCUACGUUAAAGCAAUAUUCCCUGUGACUGGGGAUAUAGAGCAGUGGAGGCAGUGUACUGUACAGACUGUCUGAUUUACAUUUCUUGUUUAUUAAUAACCGCUUAUACACUCUCGAUUUAUGGACUUUCUUUUGCAUAAUGCCUUGAACGUCUAGGCUAUGGCGAUUACCUUCAGAAUGAAAGUAUAACUGAAUAUGCCAGUAGUCUAUACUACAGAAAGUCCUGGGACUGCGAUGGGCACGCUAGAUAAAUGAGAAUUCACUGCAAGCUCACAGAACUAAUUGAAAUGACUAAACUCUUUCUACUGGAGAGCACUGAGCACCUUUUUAAACGUUUUACUGUAGUUGUAAGUUUUUGCCUUUUUUGGUUUGAUUGCACUACUGCUGGCCUCCCCCUUUUCCUCAUUUAACACUAAACAUGUAUGCUUGCUCUGUGGAAAUAAACAAGUAAGUAACAGUGUCCUGUAAUAAAGCAUAAUUAAGCAGUGCUUUGCAAUGCAACUGAAAGCCCAACUGUUAUGUGCAUGUAUGCUGAAACAGCUAAGGCUUAGGUUGUUAAAAAAUCCACUGUAGAAGUCAACAUUCAACCAACACAGGUGUUUUCAAGUACACCAAAUGUUCAAGAUUUUUGUUUGAUCAGGUAUUAUUAUUUGUUUCAAACAUGCAUUGUUUCCCAGUGCACCCGCAACACUGACAGACACAGCCUUUGACACAAUUAAAAAAAAAAAAAAAAAAAAAAAAAAAGGGUAAUUGAAUGUUAUUUGCUUUUUUAAAACUUUGUUUUGUGGCAACAUGACUUGUACGUGGCACAGGGCUAUAUGACACUGUCCAUGAAGUUUGAAUGGUGUGACACAAAUAGGAGUACAUUUGGAUGAACACGAAGUGUAUCAAUGGCUAUACAGGAGCCUCAGGUAUUAUCAUGUCCUCAAUGAUGGUUAAUAUAGCUUGAUUUGUAACCAGUGAAUUGCAAGCUCCCUAAAUGACAAGCAGACUGAUGAACACAUGCCUGGUCAAGUGUCUGUCAGCAGCCCAGUGUAAAGAUCCCUGGUUCAGAUGCUGUCUGCUCAGACCGACGUUUGCAUUUUCAGUAUGUUUCACCCACAUGAGUCGAAGGCUGUUUUCUUCACACAGCUUGCUUUAUGGAAUUUAAAGAAAAGGCUGUUUUUGAACGGGGAUGCUUCGGUGAAACUGGCUCAGUCAGUAAAUGCACAGGGUCUGUAAGCAGAUUAACCCUUGCACAUAGCUUGUAGAUGUUUAAUAGGAUUUUCCAGUGCGUAAGCCAUUUUGAUCUGCACAAGGCCCUGCUCUGUUGCGGGUUUGUUAUAUUCAAAGUUAAUUGUUAAAAUGGAAGCUAUGUAAGGUUUUUGAAUGGGAUGACUGUAGGAAAUAAAUAAAAAAUAACAAUAUAUCGGUGGUGGAGAAUGUAAUAAACUCUCUAUUGUCUUUUUAAUAAUUAAAAAAAAAAAAACAGAAGUAUGCUGUACUGUAAUUCAAAAGGCAUCAAUGCACACUGGCACUUAACGGGAACUCUUAUUAUCUUACUAAAACAGAAGGUGCUGUAUUAGAUUUCCCUGUUUUUAAUAAAUCUUUUUAUAUUGCCUCUGCAGACUCCUCACACAAAGGAUGUAGUGCAUGUGAGUCUCUGGCAUUUGAUUAAGUUAGUCCAUGAGUUAUAUAUUCCUGAUCCAUAUGCUUCUCUUUCCAAAACUGGACUUCUAGCUGGAGACAGCUGUUGCGAUUGCUUUCCUUUUAUUGAGGUUUACCUUUCAUAGCAAACGGAAAUCUAAUCCUUCCUUCCUUAGGUAUCCCUAAAGAUCAACAGAUGUGUCACAGUACAGAGACCUGUUGGAUUCAGCCACAAGAGAACUGAUUUCCUGAGAGUAAGGUGUCUCAGCAGUUGAAUCUGUAAGAAGAUGCUGGAACCAGACAGAGGUGUGGUGGAGGAAUGGCUCUCAGAAUUCAAGACAUUACCUGAAUCUCAAGUUUCCAGUUAUGCAGCAACGCUUCAUCAGAAGAAAAAACUUGUGUCUGCUCUUUAUAAAGUCAUCCAGGAUUCUGGCAAUGAGCUUCUGGAGCCAGUGUGCCACCAGCUGUUCGAACUUUACCGGAGUUCUGAAGUGAAGCUCAAGAGAUUUACACUGCAGUUCCUUCCAGAGCUGGUCUGGGUUUACCUCAGAGUCACCGCCAGCAGGGACCGCCAAAGCAACGGCUGCAUUGAGGCGCUCCUGCUGGGCAUUUACAACCUGGAAAUUGUCGACAAGGAUGGAAACAACAAACUGCUGUCUUUCACAAUACCUUCGUUAUCCAAACCAUCCAUCUAUCACGAGCCCUCCAGUCUUGGAUCCAUGGCGUUGACGGAAGGGGCCCUGUGUCAGCAUGACCUCAUCAGGGUGGUUUACAGCGACAUGCACUCUCAACGAGAGACCUUCACGGCACAGAACAGAUUCGAUGUUCUCCGUUUCCUGAUGUUGUGCUAUAACUCUGCUGUGGUUUUCAUGCCACCUUCUUCCUACCAGUCUGUCUGCAGAAUGUGUUCCAGGUUAUGUGUGUGUGGUUUUCCACGGCAACAGGAGAAGGCGUGGAAGGAGCUGUGCGGACGGGUGAUUCUAGAUGCCGAGUUCAUGGUGCAGAUGUUGACGGCGGUCUAUCAUGCCAUAUUCAAUGGGGAGUGGGACUUGGGCAGGGAGGCACUGGAGGACAUUAUCUAUAGAGCACAGCUGGAGCUUUACUCUCAGCCCCUUCUGGUGGCUAAUGCGAUGAAGAGCUCCUUGCCAAUGAAUGCUCCCGACGGGUCUAUGGGCCGGAAUGUGCUGAAUGUGGAGGUGACGCCCACGGUAGCCCGGGUAUCCCGCUCUGCCAUUACCACGGCCUCCAUCCGCCGCCAUCGGUGGAAGAGAGAGGAUUGUUUUGACUUCUCAAACGAGGCAGACAUGAGCCACCCAGCCACCCCGAAUCGUCACACCUCCUUGGAACCAGCAGCCAAUCGGCAGCGAGAGAGGGAGGGGCCAGCGGUGCAGUUCAGCAUCCCCCCGGUCACGCUUGAGGAUGCGGAAGGCAUGAGUGGAGGUGAGGACUCAAUCAACCUAAAUGACCCAGAUGAGGGCUUCUCAUCUGGGGCCUCCAACAGCAGCCAGCCCAGCGGGAGCAAGCCGGUCGCCCCUUCCCAGAGAGGCAGUGUUAAGAAGGGUGCAGCGGGGAGGACUGCCAGAGAGAGGGAGAGGGAGCCACUGAUGACCCCCCCUUCCACCUCUGCUGAGCCUCAGCCAGCCCCUCGCAGGCAGCUGCCACAACCCCCGCCGCAGUCGCCGCCGCAACCCCCCUCCCCUCCCAGUGUCUCCUUGGAAGCCAUCGAGCUGAGCCCCAUGAAGAAGCAGCAUCUCAGCUUGCCGGCCAGCCAGAGCCUGGUCAGGACUGCCAGCGCCACCUCCAGCAAGUCCUUUGACUUCAUGAACGGCAAUCGGGGAGAGGGGGCAGGCCUCGAGGCCGUCUCCAACCUGACAGCUAGCAACGCUCAUCGCUUCUCCACCGUGAGCCUGCAGGAGGAGCGGCUGGGUGGCAGGGCUGGGGAGGGGAAGGAUCUGCUGUCCCCAGGGGCCCCCCUGACAAAGCAGUCACGCUCCCCCAGCUUCAAUAUGCAAAUCAUAUCGCAGGUUUAGUGGGCGCCUUCCCCUUUCUGUACAACUUUCAACGUCCCCAAGCAGCAAACCACAUACGAUAACUGCUUUUGACCUAACUGCCCAGCAGCAACAUCUGGUCAACUGGAGAGACCAGCUCUUAGCUGUUGCGUAACUCUGAACAAACUGUCAUCUGAUGCUGGACUGCCUUUUCAGAGAAGGGGAGGGGAAGGGUUGAGAUUAUGGAACUGGUGACGAUGAUGAUGAUGAUGAAGAAACGGGUGGCAAUCUUUUAUUGUAAAUUAACAUUAUGGAGGCACCAUCAUGCUGAAGAAUAACAAAGUAACCAGGUACUGUACUGAGCAGCCAGGUGACCCCCUCCCCCCC